GGUAAACCUAAACAAUGUGUGUGUUAUUCUUUGUGUAUUUCAUUAUAUAUGUCUAAUCGUCUAAUCUAACAGCAAUCAAAGAUGUCCUCACAUGGAAAUCCUGUUGCUGAAAAAAAGUUACGUACUGGCACCGUCAACAGAGGUUAUGAAUACGAAGAACUAGUACCAGCAUAUUUUGCUUUAAAAUUACUCUUAGAUGAAAAUGUUAGUUCCUACACCAUGAAUCUUAACCCUUGCAGUUACCAAAAAUUCGACGAUAUAGUUAUUACAAUCAAAGUCUACGACAGCAUUGAACAAUUUGCCAUUCAGUUAAAACACAGAGAAGACGGGAGAAAUAUUGUUAACGCAAAAGAAGAAUUUUGUAGGACAGACUCCAACAACAAAGGCAAGGGUUAUAAUAUAUCUGAAUAUUUGGAAGCUUAUAACAACGAAGACCCCCAGAUAAAAGAAAACUAUAAAUUCGUAUUAUUCACCAAUGCACGCUUCGAUGAUCUAGAUAAGGUACCAAAAUAUAACCCUGUAAAUAUGUCGAAACCUUUUAGGUCGAAGUUUUUAAACGUAGAGCACAUUAUUAAACUUCGUGGGGUUUCACCUUCAAAGACUAAAUUUUUUGAAAAAUUUUUUCUUAUUUAUGGACAACAAAAUGUUGAUGAGAUGCAAGAUGAAAUAGAACGAAUUUUUACAAAUAGAUUCAAUGCUGACACUCAAGUGGUUACCUCCUAUAUUAAUUUUUUUAAACAAGUACACAAUGCUAAAUAUAACGAUACAAAAAUCACAAGAGAUGUAAUCAUUUUGAACAUUGCACGAUGUGUGUUUCAUAACUGUACAAUUAUGCCUUCUAUCAGUAUAAACCAUAACAGCAAUAUAGAAGUAGUGGAAGAGAUAAUCAAAAUAUUUGAUCUAGUCAUUCUUUCUGAUACUGACAAAUCUUUUAUCAAAAACCACUGGAAGUGUAUUUACUCCGAAAAGAACAAACAAAAUAUGGAUAACAUAGCACGUGAAAUUAAAUUUCUCCGAAAAACAAAACCCUUAAGCGAUAAGCAACGCACUGCGUGGAUUUCUUAUCUUAUCGGCAAACCUUUGUUCAUCGACUUUGACCAAGAACAUGAAAAAAGUAUUUAUUUUGUCUCCAAUCUCUUAAAAUCUUUGGAAAAGUAUAAAAUCCAGUUGGUACUAGUUGGCAAAAAAGUCAAUGAAGCUGAAUUUAAAGGCUGGAAUAUUUUUGGAAGCCUUAAAGACCUAGCAGCUGCCAAUCAAGCUCUUUAUAACAAAUUUUGCCAUAUGUUUAACAUUUCGUUCCAAGGGAGAGAGUCUGUAUCAAUUGAUACAUUAAAAAAUUCGCUUCCUUUAGACCAGCUUAUACAACCAUCCGAAAUUUUCUACUUUUUAAAAGACACCCUAUCUAUUGGAAAACGUAUAAAUGCAUUACCAAAAUUUUAUAUUCCUAGGAGUCUACUGAGAACUAAAAUCAGUCUUGAUGAUUUACGACGUGUGUGUGAAAAAUCCAAAGCCGUGAUACACUGCAAUGGUAAAUCCGCAGAAUUUAUGGAAUGUCUGAAGAAGAACAACUUUGAUUCACAACUUCUUCCUAUCGUGACAGAUGAAACACAAAUCCAAGAAGUUCACAACAGCUUCUGUUAUUUUAAAUUACUGCCAGAUAAUAUUUUGGAAUGGAUGGAUUACAAAUUUGAUCCAAAAAUGUCUUCAAUUUUUGACAAUGAUAAAAGCCUGGUAGUGGGAGAGUCUGGAAUUGGAAAAACCACCAUGAUGACGUGUUUAGCACACAACUGUCCACUAAAUUACUGGAUCGUAAUAGUUUCCCUGCAACAACAAAGUUCGCUCUUGAAAGAAGAAGAAACAACUGACAAGAUAAUAAAAGAGUUUCUUGUUCCUACUAAACGGAGCAAGUUAGACGAUCGCGUCACUAAGGAGCUUCUGGAGAAAAAACAAGUAAUUUUCUUCUUUGAUGGCUUAAAUGAACUGACCACCACGCAUUUAAACAAAGCAGUUACUCUAAUUACCAACAUAGCGGAACAAGGGUUUAAAGUCUGGAUUUUUUGUACGAAAGACUUCCAAAAUAUGGCACAAAAUGUUCUUGGAAUAACGUUCUGCUACUCAAUUGAACCUCUGACGGAAGAAGAUCAAGAGCAAUACGUCUGUCGUCGAUUGAAGGACGCAAAUGUUGACGAUGGGGUUAUUGACAAUGUUACAACUAGAUUUAUCGAAAGUGGUAUUGCAAAGAACAACGAUAUUUUCAAACUACCUCUUGUUUUAUAUAUUCUCACCGAGAUUAUAAAGUCUUGCAAAGAUAUUGGCAAUUCAGAAGAACUUUUCGUUCUCGACAAAAUGUACACCAGCUUUGUCGAAGGAAAAGUGCAGCAUAAUAUCAAAAAAAUUGGGUGUAACCACCUUGAUAAACUUACUGUGAUUACUGAUCCAUUCAAAGAUUACUACUUCAGUGGUUACACAAUGGCUGCUUUACAGGUGUGUUUUGAACCUGAGUUGUUCAAAUCGUUGAAUGUACAAAUCGACAAAAAAUUUUUUCACCACGUGAAAGCAAACGGAGAUUACUUAGAAUUUAUCAAAGUCAACGAAGAUGAUACAAUCACGUUUGGUCAUUACACUUUUGCAGAAUAUUUCGCAGCCUUGUGGUUGAGCGAAAACAUUGACGAAAUACCAUUCGAGGUAAAAAAGUCUAUUCUGCAACCUAAAUAUGAUGGAAUUAGACGUUUUUUUGAUGCAAAUUUAGCAGAAGGUUGUCCACUGCAUUUGGCCAUAAUCGAGCAAGAUAUGUCGAAAGUAGAAGCACACCUAAAGUGUAUAAACGAUGUAGAUAAAGGUGGAAGGACCCCUCUUCACCUAGCUGUGACUUUUGGUCACAAAUAUCCUCUGGUUAGUCCAAAUACUAUUGAACACAGACUUUACAAAACCUGGGGAAGCAACUCUAACAAGCAUGAAGAAAUUUUAAAAUUGCUCUUAAGCCAAGUUUCCAAGGAGAUGAUAAUCAAACCUGACAAGUUUCUUGGGUGGAAUUUAUGGGAAUAUGCAGACGCUGCAUUAUGUCUGUUUUCGUUAGAAGAGCUUUCAAAAAAAGACCAAAUUCAGUGGAAGUAUUUAAAAACGCAUUAUCAACAUUUGAAGACUUUGUCGUACUACUGUGUGACCAUGGGCUACAAACAAUUAUUGAAAGCUACAAUUGAUCACAAAAGUUUGUCUUCUUUAGAAAACGAACAUAAAGAAAGACCGCUUUUGCACUUGGCGUUAGAAUAUAAUCAAACCGAUAUAGCGAAAAUGUUGAUAGACCAUGGAACGAACAUCAACCAGCUAGACGACAUGCAACGAACACCUUUACAAGAAGCUGUAAUUUGGGGACAUGUUGAUUUGGUCAAGUUGCUGCUAGAAAAAGGCGGCAACGUUAAUGCGAGAGAUUAUUUAGGCCGGACUGCCUUACACAUUGCGGCUAAACGUGGCUACAAGAACAUUCUUCAGAUAUUGAUUGAAAACGAAGCAGACGUUCACAGUACCGACAAUGAAAAAAAAACACCAUUACAUAGAGCUGCUCGCGAAGGAAAAACAGAUAUUGUUAAAUAUUUGGUGGAAAAAGGUGCUUGCAUUGACGCACCUGCUGUAGAUGUAAGUACCCCUCUCCAUCAGGCUGCAGAAAUGGGACACUAUGAGACAGUGAAAACGUUAGUGGAAUGUGGAGCAACUAAAGAAGUUUUCAAUAGAGGGAAGCAGACCCCUUUAAGUUAUGCUGCUCAAGAAGGUCAUGAAGAUGUUGUGAGUUAUUUGAUUAGUGUACAAGCCAAUAUCUUCGCUGCGGACGAUGAUGGAAGGAUUCCACGAGAAAUAGCUGAAUCAAGAGGACACACGAAUGUGGCAAAAAUGUUGAGGGACGCCGAAAACAACAUGGAUAAAAUCCCAGAUCCGCAACAGAAUCAACUGCACGCUGCCGUAGAAACCGGACAACUAGAAACUCUGAAGCAAUUGAUAAACUCGGGAGGUAAAAUCGAAGAAAUCAACAAAAACAAUGAAACUCUUUUACACAUCGCCGCUGCUCGCAAUCACUUAGACAUCGUUCAAUAUUUGCUAUCAAAACAAGCAAAUACCUUUGCCAAAAACUGUGACGGACGGAUUCCUCUACAUUUGGCUUGUCAAAACGGACACAUGAAAAUAGUCAAAGAACUUUUAACAAACGAUCAGAUGGCUGCUGUAGAUCGAUGGAAACUAACUCCACUCCAUAGAGCUGCCCUCAAAGGUCGCAAAAAAGUAGUCAAAGUCUUAGUGGAAGCUGGAGCUGACAUCAAUUGCUGUAGCACCGACGGUGGUACUCCGCUGCACAGUGCUGCCCGUGGCGGUCACAUCGACGUUUUAGAGUACCUGAUUUCUCAAAAAGCGAGUGUCAAAGCGAAGAACGCUAAAUCCAAGACGUGCUUGCAUGUUGCUGUUCAAAGAGGUUGCACGGAUGCAGUUGAAUAUUUGAUAAAUCAAAAAAGAGAAAUUGUACACGAUAUUGACUACCGCGGAAGGACUGCUCUUCAUUUCGCGGUUGAGAAAGGGUAUAAAAAUAUGGUGCCAAUUUUACUGCAGGGUGGUAGUGAUAUUAAUAAAGUAAAUUACUACAAAGAAACACCUUUAGAUAUUGCACGGAAAGAAAAUCGGAAAGAAAUUGUCGAGUUAUUGAAGAAAAGCGGUGCAAUAGAUGAUUGAAUUGUAACUGUUUAAGUUUUUUUCUAUUGGCUUUUUUUAGUUUGUAAUUACUAUAUCUAAUAUAAUGAGAUGUUGUUUGCA